GAACAGUCGACAGCUAAUGACCGAGGUGUACGAGGCAGGGCGGGGUCCGAGUUGUCGGGAUCCGAGGGACGAACAGAGGGAUCCGUGUAACUGCUUCACGGAGGCUCCACGGAGGACACUGAAGACCUGAAGCCUCUGACAUGAUGCUGGAGAAAGAGGAGCAGCAGCGGCUGGCGGAAGUUAUCCGUCAAUGGAAUAACAACAGACUGGACCUGUUCGAGAUCAGCCAGCCUGACGAGAACCUCGAGUUCUGCGGCGUGGUGCGCUUCUACCUCGAAGACAGCGCCGCGGCCAGCGCCGCCACAACGUGCCUGCGCGUGAGCAGCCGCGCCACCGCGCGCGAGGUCAUUGACACGCUCGCGGAGAAGUUCAGACCGGACAUGAAGAUGCUGAGCUCGUCCUUCUGCCUGAACGAGGUCCACGCCCCUGAAGAACGCAGACUGGACCUGGAGGAGAAGCCCCUGCUGGUCCAGCUGAACUGGACGUCCGACAACAGAGAGGGCCGCUUCGUCCUCCGAAGGGACGGCCCCGGGCUGGAGGGGUCAGGGGACCACCAGACAAACACUAUCGAAAAGAAGGAAAAAGGAGGAGUGAUCGAAACCUUUAAGAGAACUUUGUCGAAGAAGGAGAAGAAGAAGAAGAAAAACAAAAAAGAAGCGAUUGAGAACGGGUCAACUGAAGGCAACCGGAGCCCCUCCCAGCAGAGCCAGUCAGACCCUGCUGUGGGACUCGGAGAAGGUCAACAACUGAACCAAGUGAAGGAUCAUCUUCAACUACCAGUGGAAAUCCAGUUUUCCCCCGGAUGCGAGGAAGCCUUUAUUUCUGCCGUCAUCAACUACACCAACAGUUCGACGGUGUACUUCAAGCUGUCGCCCGCGUAUGCGCUCUACGCCACGGCCCGCUCGGCCCUGCGGCCCACCGACGCAGAUGGCCCCGCCCCCAGGGAGAAGCCCAACACAGUCACCACCAUCACAAACAGAAUGGUAGCCAUGACGGAGAAGGUCAUCCAGAAGCAGCAUACCAUGGCCGGGGCCCUCUCCUUCUGGUUGGCCAACACCUCCGAGCUGCUGAACUUCCUGCAGCAGGACGGGGCCGUAGGGCCCCUCACCGGGCAGACGCAGCAGCAGCUGUCACACCUCGUCCACACAGCGUACAAGUAUCUUAUCCAGUGUCUACAGUGUGAACUUCGGAAACACCUGCCAACGUUCUUCUUGGAUCCGGACCAAUACGGCCCACUGCCGGCAGGCAUCGAGAUGGUCCUGAACACCCUGAUGAACACCAUGGCUCUGCUGAGGCGCUGCCAGGUCAACCCCGCCCUCACCAUCCAGCUCUUCUCCCAGCUCUUCCACUACACCAGUGCCUGGCUCUUCAACCAGCUGAUGGGCCCCCAGGCCGGGCCCCUGGGGCUGCGCUCCCACUACUGGGGCGCGGCCCUCCGGCAGAGGCUCAGCGCCGUCGAGGGCUGGGCGGAGCGGCAGGGCCUGGAGCUGGCGGCGGACUGCCACCUGGGCCACAUCGUGCAGGCAACCAUGCUGCUCACCAUGAACAAGUACUCGGUCCAGGACACGGAGGCGGUCCAGAAGACAUGCUUCAAGCUCAACUCCCUGCAGCUGCACACCCUGCUGACCGGCUACCUGUACGCCCCCGAAGAGCCCCGUAUCCCCCCGGCUUUGAUUGACAGCGUCGUCAUGGCAGCGAAGCGCUCGGCGGACCCCCUGGUGGCCAGCGAGGGGCGGUGCCUGGAGAGGGAGGAGCGUCUGGAGCUCCGCCUCCCCUUCCUGCUCCCUGACGGAGGCUACUCGUGUGACACGGUGGGCGGGAUUCCGCCUGGCUUCACCGAGUUCUUGGAGCCAAUUUGCCGCAAAGGUCUCUGUAAGCUGACUCCCAGAGCCAACUGUCAUGGCAGUUGGAGAGUGUUCUUCAAUGAACCCAACUGCCCAACCACCAGCCUUCUGCCGACGGGGGCUCGGAGAGAACCAGAGGUGGUGGUCAUCACCCUGAGGAAGCCCCUGAACAGCGGGAUGGGCGUGAGCAUCGUGGCCGCCAGGGGUUCGGGCCAGGCUCAAAUCGGCAUUUAUAUCAAAUCCAUCGUCCAGGGGGGCCCCGCUGAAGUGGACGGGACGCUGUCUGUCGGAGACCAGUUGGUCAGCGUGGACGGCCGGAGUCUGGUGGGUCUGAACCAAGAGAGGGCAGCCAUGAUAAUGGUGCAGACGGGGCCCGUGGUGACGCUACACGUGGCUAAACACGCUGCUAGCUGCCACGGUCUGGAGGCCCUGAUCAACCAGCCUGGCUCCGCCCCCAACACAGGUGACCGGGACUUGGGCACGCCCGGCGGCGGCCCUGCCUGGGUCGGGUGCAGCGUCCCGGGCCCCCGACCGGAGCCGCAGGCCCCCGGGGGGAGCAGGAGCCGACGGCAGCAGAACCUCCAGAGGAACCGGCUCCUGUACCGCUCCAACCCCAACAUGAGCCACUGCGUGCCUGAGGAGGUGGAGGUACCAGAGGAGCCCGUAGACGGAGGACCCACCAUCUCCCCCCUCAAUCUCUGCACUGAGACGUUCCACAGGGAGUACCAGACCCUGCCGUCCUCCAGACAUCUGGACCACAGGGCAGCUGACCAAUCACAGCAGCUGCUCAGGAUCUCCCUGGGUCCGUCGGCCAGGAAGCAGAACCCCAACAUGAGGACCUUCAUGGUACGUCGAUGAUCACUAAUCAAAGUUUAAAUUCAUUCAUUACUCAAUCACUGCGAUAAUUGUGUGCUGAUCGAGUUGAUAUGAUGUGUGGUAUCAUUUUUAUUUUUAUUUUAUGAAUAAUUGACAAUGGUGACCUCAAGGAUUUUUAUGUAAGUUAAAAAUGUGUAGUCCCUUCGGUCGCUGAAUGAGGUGACAGAGGGCGAUGACCUGCUGAUCAGAUGCCUCCUAUUUUCCGUUUUGGGAUGGUUUCCUACUCAGUGUCACUGGUGAUGCUGCUGGAGAAGUACCACUUAUCACCAGGGGUGGCGCCAAAGGGAGUGAAACAGAUAUAUCUGAGAUUGCACCUUUUAAGAUAAA